AUGUCGUCCUCAGCAGAAAAGCAGGCCCCUUUGUCGCUGCCAUCCAACGACCCAGAAGCUGUCCAAGCCACAACAGCAUCGCUUGCGGCGGAUGGCUCACAUACGAUUAAAUUCGAUCAGUUGGGACCGCUUGUGACAUUGUCUCGCGUGCCUAAUUGGCAAGACAUGACAGACGUUGAAAAGGAGCGGACAAUGCGCGUGCUGAACAAACGCAACCAAAAACGCCUACAAGCGCUUCGUGAAGAAGCAUCAUAG